AUGGCCUCCGAAAUCCCUUCACCAGGAGCGAGCACCCCGAUCAAGACAGAGGAAAAAAGCCCUCGGGUUCACAUUCAGCCUCCUGUCGGCGGCGAUGCUGCGCUGCAGUUACUGACUGAAGCCGGUACGGCCGGUGUCCUUGACCCUGAGACAUCCAAACGACUUCUGCGCAAGAUCGAUCUGUACAUUCUGCCACUGAUCUGCAUCGUGUACUUCCUCCAGUACCUGGAUAAAAUCGCCAUCGGCUACGCCAGUGUCACGGGCAUGCCCGAGUCAGCGAAUCUCGUGGGCAACCAGUUCAACUGGGUAUCGAGUGUAUUCUUCUUCGGCCAAUUGGCCUUUGCAUUCCCCACGAUGCGCCUCGUGCAAGCAUUCCCCCUGGCCAGAUACGUCGCCGUCAAUGUGACCAUCUGGGGCGCCAUUUUAGCCUCCAUGGCCGCGUGCCGUUCAUACUCUUCCCUACUAGCUUGCCGCUUUCUUCUCGGCGCCGCAGAAGCCGCCGUCGUCCCCGCCUGGGUGGUCUUCACCUCGCAGUGGUACCGCAAGGAAGAACAAGCCUUCCGCGUGGGGCUAUGGUUCAGCAUGUGUGGAUGGGCGCAGAUGUUUGGCGGGUACGUGGCGUACGGCGUCGCGAUUCACGUCGGCGCGGAUCCAAACUCGCCACUGCGUGGCUGGCAGGUAAUUUUCCUGAUCCUCGGCCUAUUGACCGUCGUGACUGGAAUUCUCUUCUUUUUCAUCUUGCCUGAUUCCCCCGUCACUGCGGGCUUCUUGACGCAGAAGGAAAAGGCAAUGCAUGCCGAGCGUCUUCGUGGCAACGGCCAAGGCAUCGGCACUAAUGUCUUCAAGAAAGCUCAGGUCUACGAAGCCCUCAGAGACCCCCACACCUGGCUGUAUGCUUUCUGGGUCUUGGCGGCAAAUGUGCCGAACUCCAUUGCCACGAGUUUCGGUAACACCCUCGUCACUGGCAUGGGCUACUCGAAAACCGAUAGUCUCCUCCUCGUCACACCACUCGGUGCCUACGAGGUGGUGGUUUUGGUCGGUCUGACGUAUCUGGCUAUGAAGACCAAGCACCGGCUCUUCUGGUGUAUCGUGGGUCACAUACCCGGUAUCGUCGGUGCGAUUUUGAUGGCGACGACCAAUAAAGCCCCGGCACUGGUGGGAUACUACCUCUCCGGAGGUAUUCCUAUCGGCUGGACGACGAUCCUUGCACUCACUAGUACGAAUGUGGCUGGAUCAACCAAGAAGAUCACGGUCUCCUGCAUCCAGACGAUUGCCUACACUGUCGGCAACAUCAUCUCGCCCCAGACCUUCCAAGCCAGAGAUGCUCCUGGCUACUUGCCAGCUAAGAUCUCGAUCGUUAUCCUCUAUUUCCUUAUUACGGUGGACCUGGGCCUUAUCUGGUGGGUGGGGGCCCGGGAGAAUCGCCGCCGCGAUCAGGAGCGGGAGGCGUUAGGUGCUGCGUACACUGUGCCGGAGAACCAGGAGUUCCUUGAUCUCACAGAUCGGGAGAAUCGGGAGUUCCGUUAUGCGAUUUAA